AUGGAAAAUUUUGCACGCGCGGAAAUGCUCGCAAACAUGACAACUGUUGAGGAUACUGUGAAGGAAAGAGAAAUAAGUGUGACAAAAUGGUUUUCUAAUUCACAAGAAAACACAGAGCACUGUCCUUCCACUGCACCACUGUCUCUGCCUGUGAUUACAAUUGACGAGCGUAAAAACUGCGUUGAGAUUCACAAACGUCAUGACUCUUUGCAGGGCGCAGGAAAAGUAGCAGCAAUUUUACUCAUUAACUCACAGGUCGACUACUGA